AUGUCACAGGCCUUUAAUCUGACGAACCAAACAACUGGUAUUACCAACACAUUCAAUACUUUCGGUAAUAAUCCAACAACAAAUGCUGCUGGAGGGUUUUCACUUCAAAGCAAUCAAGGGAUCACUUCAUCUAGCAACUUGGGUGGGUUAAAACCUCCGACUUCUGGAGGUUUUGGACCGGGAAGCAGUUUUAAUUUUGGGAGCCAAGUAGCGGCUAGUCGUAGCCAAGGGCUAGCUCCACCGGUAGGAAACAUGGGAGCGAAAACCAAUUUAUCCUGGAACGUAACAAGUAGCGCUUCCUCGCAACCAUUUUUUAGCCUUGGAGGCUCAAGUACGCAAACUAGCUUGACCUCUUUCUCCACAACGACGGCUCAAGGAUUAGGGACAUCAAUUGGACAAUUUAACAUCAUUAAUGUUACGAAAGCGACUAGGUUCACCGAUAUUCCUCAAGAUUAUCAGAAAUACCUUACAAAUUUGGAUAAUCACAUACAACAACAAAAGCGAAUGAUGACAUCAAUUGGUUCAAUGAAUCUACCAAACAUCAAACAACAAAUACAAGAUGUCUUCAAUGAAUCACGAAUAUUGUUUCAGGUACCGACUCAUUCCCGUAAGAAGUCAGUUGGCAUUCUAUUUAUUGAAUGUGACAAUAAUCGAUGUCCGCCUAGCGGUCAAUCUUAUUUAGGAAAGCUGCUGUCAGAGUUGGAUAAACACAUUGGACUUGUGGAUAACGCUCGUCGAUUUUACGAUGCGGCAUCUCAAGGACAGAACAACGCCGUAAUACAAAUUGGUGAUAACGUCUUCUCAAAAUAUUAUUAUGACCUUAUUGUCUCGUUCGAAGAUCGAUUACAACAGUAUGAGUCGAUCAUCGAUGAAUUGGAACGCCACUUUUAUUGGAUAUAUCAAAAUCCUGAAAGAAGCAAUGAUCAAGAUCUUGCCGCACUCACUGAAGCUAUGCGCAAUCAACACAACAGCUUCAUGGCGGUAACGGGGAAAGUUGCGUUGCUUCAUGAAAAUGUGGAAAAAUUGCGCAAUCAAUACCUUAAUUACAGACGUACCAAAUUCCUUGAUAACAUUAACCCAUUUGUAGGACAAGACGCUCAGAAAACGGACGCUGUUCCCGUGUUGUCUAUUGUCGAAUCCAUGUCACCAAGAGAACUGGCACAAACCAUUUCAAGGAAGCCACCAACAAAUCAAUUUCAAUCAAGUUUAUUCGGCAAACGAUAA